CCAAGGGGUGAAAGUGGAUAAGAGGACAGGCCUAAAGAGUUCUUUUUACUAUGUAGAAUUCUCCCUGUAUUUAAAUGAGAGAUGGCAAGACCCUUAGAGUGUGAGAAGGAAUGUAGAAUUAAGCUGUAAUUGUAGGAUCUUUAUGAUAAGACUUAAUUAUCUAUCUCUUUCUGACUUGGAGUGGAAUAUAGAAAAAUGGAGCAUGCAACAACGCAUUGCUGCAGCCAGGCUAGGGGACAUUCGGGUCUGUGGCACCCCACAAUCCAGGCAUACAGCAGGACAGUUGAGCAGCUGCCUCACCUCACCUCACACGAUGGAGGCUCUGAUUGUCCAACCGCAUGAAGGUGAGAGAGGGAUGCAUGAAGAGGAGGAAUAUGAAAAAAAUGGGGAACUGGAUGAGGGAGAAAUUGAGCCCUCGUCUCCUGUGGCAUCUAGAUCAGAGGACGACACUGAUGAGGAUUCAGAACCUGAGCCACCGCCUGUUAUUCGAAGGAAAGUGUCAUUCGCAGAUGCGUUUGGCCUUGACCUGGUUUCGGUUAAGGAGUUUGACAACGCUGAGGUGACAGAAUCCGAGGCUAGCUGGUCUGAUGGGAGGAAGGUGGUCCAAUCACCAGAGGAAAUCUAUUUGUCUUGCUUGUUUACAGUCCCCUCAUCCACAGAAGAGUUGGAUCAGAAGCUGUGCGAGCAGAUGGUGGAGCUGGAAAGCAUUGAGCUUCUCCCGGGAACCACAACUCUCCGGGGCAUCAUCCGUGUGGUCAACCUCUGCUACAACAAGAGCGUCUAUGCUCGGGUGACUUUGGAUCGCUGGAGCAGCUACUUUGAUCUGCUGGCAGAGUAUAUACCAGGCUCUAGCGAUAGGAGAACAGACCGGUUCACAUUCAGGUACACUGUGGUUCCUCCAUUUGAAAAAGAGGGAACUAGAGUGGAGUUCUGCCUCCGAUAUGAAACUCCAGUGGGCACUUUCUGGGCAAAUAACAAAGGGAUGAACUAUGUGAUGUUCUGCCACCAAAAGACACCAAUAAAGGACCAUGUGACUCCAACAGAAGAGGAGAGCAGCAGUUACAAGAGCAAAAGAAGCUGCCUGAAGGCCAACAGCAGGAACGAAGAAAUUGAGGAGAAAAACAGAGAGAGCGCACACACCAGUAUGGCUGCUGCAGAUUUGGAAUUGAUCAAUAAAGUACAAAAGACUUGUGGGGAGAGAACUUCACUUUCUCAUAAGGACCAAAAACCAUGGGUGGAAAGCGUGAAAAGCCGACGCAGAGCAAUCCGUUUGGCACGCGUGCAAGAUUACCUUUGCCAGAAAGAGCAGCAGCAAUCAAAGGCAUUUCCACAUGACUCAGCCUGUGGCCAAAAGGUUUCUCAGCAUGUGUCAGCUGUGCUGGGUGACUCCCCCAGCUAUGUCUAUAAAUCCCAAAAGGUGCAAUCAAGUGAGAGUCCACGGGUACUUACCUACCAUCAGAUUCCCCUGCUCUCCUUGGACUGGAACAGUCAUACACCUGAACAGCCGGGCACUGCCGAUGUCGAUCACAUCUUGGCUGCUAGAGCUAAAAUUACUUUGUCAAAAGAGUCAGUAGAAAAUACACCAACUGUUAAUGAUAUGUGGGAGAGCUUUUCCAAGACUAUACAUGAUAGUAAAACUAAGGAAACAUCUGUGAGUGAUGUAUGGCAGGUUUUUCUAAAUAGAUCUAGCUGCAAACAUUACUCUGAUGUGCCAGAGUCAGAGUGGCUCCAGACAACGGCACCAGUGCUCCCUUCAAAUAGUUCGAAGUCGCUAAUCCAAGAUUCUGAAGAAAGUCAAGCAUUUCUGGAGGUGAGAGGUACACCCAAAACCUUACAUAGCCUAGCUUCGUGUCAGUUACUGUCAGACAGUUGCGAAACAUUGUUGGAUGCCAAUGACUCGAAGGCUAAAGAUAAUAAGGCGGAACAGGCAUGUGUCAGCAGGCCAGAGGAUGACAACCAAGCGACACAAGAUGCAUCCCAAAGGUCAGAGACAAACUCCGUAACAGACACUCCAAAGGAAUUCAACCUCAAGAGGGCAACUGCUCUGUCUAUGGACAACGCUGACAAUCCAACGGAGUGUCACAAAUGUAAGGACUGGGAGCAAGAAGGCAAAGCGAUAAUAGAAACAGUGGGAAGAGGAGAAGCGGAGCCCUUUGCAUUGCACACACCUGACUCAGUAACAAGCUCAGGGGAGUCAGAGACAACAGAUAUGACAGUAAUGCCAGAGAAUCCGAAUGCCAGCCAUGUUGAUACAAUCUCACCAGAUGCAAAACAGGAUGGGGGGGUUUCUUCAAGCAGGGAGCGAGAGGUUACAGGCACUGCACACAAUGAGAUAGAUGACAUUGUGGCAUUUAGGGAGACAAUCAGCAAGGAGACAAGGGACAAGGACAGCUAUGUCUUUGCUGCAUCCAGGAAAGGAAAGGAGGAGGAGGAGAUCAUGAUGAACUAUACGGCAAAGGAAGUGCAAACAGAAAAGGAAAUAUUUAGGCCAGGUGAAUGUAAAGAAUUUAAUAAUCCCCUAAGGAAUGCAGAUAAAAUCCAGCAUGAGGAAUUCAGGCAAAGCCCAAAUGGGAAGAUUAAUGAGAAUGAGACAGAGACAACCAAAAGACAUGCAGAUGGAUUUGGCUUACAGCAAAUCGAUGAGGAAAAUACAGAGAAAGAAAUAAAUAUUUUAGUGGACAAAAACAAAGAUGGUUCAUCCAGUAACUUUAGCAUAGGGGUAAUAAAAGCAGAGGUAGGAGCUACUAUGACAGAAAGCAAAGAAAUAGACGAUGUAACUAAUGAAGGAAGUAAGCUAACUAAUAUAUUGGAUGACGUACAGUGUAAACAUGAUGAUAGGUCAGCCUCCUUGCUUAUGAAAGAACAUAAUAUACAGUCAGUGUCUGUCAAAGUGAAUGAAGAGCUUCUUGUUCAAAAUAGGGAAGACUUUCCUCUCAUACAGAUAAAACAAAGUGAUGACCAGGAAUUUAACAUGGAGCAACAGGAGAUUAGAUAUGAUGGAAAAGAAAUAGAUAAAAAAGAAACAGGUCCUUUUGCAGAGUUGAGUCCCAUUGUUGAUUCAUCAGAAGUAAUAUUUUGCCAAAAUAAGGAUAAUACACAAAUACCUUGUCAUCCUGAUCAAUAUGAUCCCUUGGAGAUGGUCAAACCAAGAUUGACAGACCCCCAGAAACAUUUACAGAGUCAAAAACCCAAUUCAAGUCGAGACUUAAAUCCAGAAGAACUAAUGGCAAAGAGGAAUUAUUCCAAGAAAGACACUUCAGCAGAACAUGGAUCUGAAGCAUCAAGAGGAGCAAAACAAGACCAUAGUAAGGAAGAUGAGAAACUCUGUGGUGAAAGGCUUAAAAUAGAGGCAAUGAGGGAGUUGAUGGGUAAUCCGGAGAGCCCUUGGGGGGAGAAUAAGAUUGUGAGGAAAAGACAAGAAUCAUCAGCAGAAGUUACAAGCCCCCCACAUGUUGAACAUAACAAACUGAGAGAGGGAACAAAAGAUCCCAUUACAGUAGAAAAUAGUCCUGCACUUGAAGUGACACAGUCAGAAUUGGAGCCAUUGUCCAUAGAAAGAUUUGGAGAAAAUUUGGUUUGUAGCAUCUUGGAAGAGGUUUUUGCUCAGAAGUUGAAACCUACUACUUGGCAUCCAAGUACUGUUGGUGACACAAAAGGCCGGCUGACAGAGACAACUCAAGAUCACUGUCCAGUUGAUGAGAAAAACUUGAGCGACCCUUUAGAUUCAAGUAUGUUUCUCUUGACAGAAUUUUCAGUAGAUUCAUCUGCAAAUCUAUGCCCAGGCCUAGAGCCAACUUUGUUCACCGAAGACAAUGAAAACUCCUCCAUCGACAUAACUAAGCCCCUUUCCAUGGCAGAGGAGAUCAACAGGCCUUCUGAAUUACAGUCUGAUUUGGAUUCAACUGUAUAUCGGACCCCAAUAGCCCAUAGUGAAGAGCCGACAUAUAAAAGAACCCAAUCCCUUAGCUAUUCAAAGGAUCAGGAGAGCAGGUCAACAAUUAAAGCCAGGUCAGUUCCUCAUCCAGAGAAAGAUUUUGAAAUAGAAGACUGCAUAUUUGUUACUACCGAGAGAUUUGAUCAAUCUUCCAACCUUUCCAAAAAAUAUCAGAGCUCUUCUGAAAAAUUAAAAGAGUCAAAUGCCCUUUUAUGGUGGACUGUAUUGUACACUAUCAGUCACAUUACCAAAUUACUAAUCUGUGCACUCUUGAUUGGGGGAUUCUUUGUUGCAGUUUUCCUCUAUGAUUUCCCAUCCUUUUUCGCACUCUACACUUUUUCAAUAUCUUGUUGGAUUUUUAAGUGGAAGAGACAGCAGGUAAGGACAGGUGAUAAGACUACAGAAUAGGUUAGGUUUCAUGUCUUCCCAUGGAUUCAUUUUGGGGAGACCACAUUUAAGAUAAAAUAACACCAAGUGCAAUAUUCUAUUGAUACGUGUGAGUGAUUUAGAAUUUUUAUUUUGCCUAUAUCUUUUGUAAUUCAAUGUUGUAACCCUAACCAAACAAAGUUUGUUUGGAUCAGGAGCAUAUGCAAACCAAAUAUUAAAAUGUUUUUUGUUGUUUGCUUAAGGCAGUUAAGUUCUGAACUUGAAAUAAAAUUAUGUAUUGAAUGCGACAAUAGAUAGAUGGUAUUCAUAGUAUUCACACUAUGCUUGAGUUGAGUUGUUAGUUAAUGAAAAUAUUGUGCAAAACCUUUUUUGUCCAACGUGUGUACAUUUGCAGUGUUUUUGGGCCCAACACAAUUUCGUUCAAUAAAAUGCA